CGGGCGGGACAAGGGGAGGACCGGAGACGUGCUUUAGUGCCAGGCGCGAAUGGCCUCCGGCUGCACUGAGCUGGCCUCCGUGUCAGCUGGUGGGUUCUUUCUCUGUCCCGUCACAAGCCCACCGGCAAAGUCAACGGCUAGGUAGGUGGAGGCUGCAGCUCCCAGCCUUUAGGAGCACUAAGGGGCAGCUGCAUGGAUGCAGAUGCGACCCGGGGACCCCCGAGGUUUGGGGGAGAAAGGCUUUGAAAGAGAAGGGAUGCACUCAGCUAGCUUGCUAGCCUCAAUGACAGGCUUGCAUCGCGAACUUCCUAGGACGGUGGCAGCCGGCAUGUCACAGCGAGGCGAAAACACUUCUUUGGAAGAGUAACUUCACUGACUGGAAAACUUUGUCUCCACUCUUGGCUCUGAAAGUUGCGAGCUGCCCUAGAGGUGGGACAGACGCAACACUGCCACCGGGAGGAUCAAGGCUAUCAGCCAGCCCGCGACCUUCAGAAAGUUUUAAUUUCCAUUCGGGACCUCGUUCCCAGGUAUUCCAGAAGCCGCGCCUCCCCGCCCCUGGCCCUCCCCUUGGUAUCUUGCCUUAGGCCAGCAUCCUCCUCCCUCUCGGUCCGGGGCAGCUAAAAGCUGGAGGUUCUAGGCUGAAUCUGCUUUCUGCUCUCCAGCCUGGCUAAACUGCCAGGAAGGGCGAGCCCAGCCGGCGUUAUGCGCUCCUUCUGCUGCUGGAGUAGAUAAGUUUCCAGAACUGCGUUUGCUGCGGGACUAGUCCCGGGGCUGGAUGGUAUCAUGGAGCCAUCCAGGGAGCAGCAGCAAAGUUCCGAGGCGCCCAGCUCCACGCUUUCCGGAGACCCUCCGCCCACGGAGAGGCUGUCGGUCCCCGAGGUCCUCUGCGUGGAGGGUGGCACCUCGGAGACCCCGAUCCCUGACACUCAGCUCCAGGACAGGCCCCUGUCGCAGCAGGAAGAGGCGGCUCUCUCGGAGCAGGAGGAGCUGCAGGAAUAUCGCCGCCCUCGUGCGCGCUCCUUCUCUUUACCGGCGGACCCCAUCCUGCAGGCAGCCAAGCUCCUGCAACAGCAGCAGCUGGAGGGACAGCCCGGCGCGGAGUGUGGCGAGCCGGCCGUGGACUGCUGCGCCAAGUGCAAGAAGCACGUGCAGUUCGCGGACUCGCUGGGGCUGAGCUUGGCCAGCGUGAAGCACUUCAGCGAGGCGGAGGAGCCGCAGGUACCGCCCGCUGUGCUCUCCCGUCUCCGCAGCUUCCCGCUGAGCGCCGAGGACCUGAAGCAGGUCGGGGGGCUACUGACGGUAGCAAAGGUGCCUGUGCCCCUCUGGGUGCCGCGGAUCCAGCUCCGACCCCUCUUCCAGCUCCCAGGGCUGAGCGCUGCGGAGGAGCGUCUCCGGCGACAGCGAGUGUGUCUAGAAAGCGUGCAAUGCUCCCAGCCGCCCCGCGCCGAGGUGACCGGCUCGGGCCGGGUGAUCAGCUGCCCCGGACCUAGGGCAGUGUCAGUGCGCUACACCUUCACCGAGUGGCGCACCUUUCUGGACGUGCCGGCUGAGCUGCAUCCUGAGUCACCGGAGCAGCUGCCUCCUGUGCCGUCGGGGCCCUCUGGACCAGGGGCUGAGGAUAGAGAGGAGGAGCCGGUCACCGAGCGUUUCUGCUUCUCGCUGUGCCUGCCCCCAGGUCUGCAACCCAAAGGGGAGGACGCUGACACAUGGGACGUCGCUAUCCAUUUUGCCGUCUGCUACUGCUGCGAACAGGGCGAAUACUGGGAUAACAAUGAGGGGGCCAACUACACCUUGCGCUAUGUGUGCUCCACAGAUCCACUCUGAGCCCUGGAGCUUUGUUUGAGACAUGGAGAGAGGUUGACCAGCACGUGAAGUUCCAUCAAGAGCUCUUGAGGAACCUUAGCUGAGCGUCGCAUUAACCAAGCUUGGAGAGAAAGGAGCAAAGCGUUAAAUAAACCAUCAACUCGCAGCGUAGAUGAACGCACCAGCAAGCACAGAGGGUCUGGCAAUGCUCUGACCCUCUUUCGACUGACCUUCCUACUUGCCUUCUAGAAUUCCCAGCCUGCAAUGGACUAAGGGACACCCCAGUCCUCCACGCAGGGGUUCUCUCCAAGAAAGGGGCUGUGGAUCCCUGAGUCAGGACCUGUGUCCUUGGGGAUUUGUUUCUAAUGUGAGAUGUGGUCCUUCCAGCUUGAUGAAAACCUGCAGGCAAAGACAGGCACCCCCACCUCCAGGAGGGAACCUUCACAACCGAGGCUUGAUUCUCAGAAGGCUUGGUGGGUGCCCAUCAGCCUUUCCUUUUCUCUGGGAUCUGGAAACGUCUGCCCAGACACAACGCUCUUUUCUUCUGUGACUGGAUACAAAUGUCCUUUUAAAAAGUAAAGGCCACGUGCACAUA